UUUGAGCCACAGUGUGAUGUUGAUACCCAUUCGUGUGAAGAAGUUGAAUAUAGAGGAGAUACGUAGCGAAUUCAAGGUCUUGUAAAUCACAACAGUUUGAACGGGAUCGGCGAUGGUACUAGCAGACUGCUCCAGCCAACCUUGCGGGAAAACCGCUUGAUUGAUCAUCAAUUUCGCACGAUCGAACUUGAACGCCGAGAGGCAGUAGCAUACUAAGAUCAUGGGAUAUCCGACUGCAAUCAAUAAGUCGAAUCUACAUGUAGAGAGCAGCUCACGACGUUAGAAGAUACGCUACUAGUACAAGUUUUUCAAUCAGGCUACGUACAUUAGAUCAAUGAGGUUCUCCACCAGCACUGUUUGUUUAAGUGGAAGAAGCAUCACUAAAGCACACCAAACCGCAUUUGCAGCGACGAUGACAGUAAAGACAGCGACGAGUACAAUUGGCAGUCCGUCUUCGAGUAUCUGAAGCAGCAUUACUAAUUCGAUCAUGAGGUCCACGAGUUUCAUGCAGAGGUUCUGUCGUGAUUAACCGCAUACAAGUUAGUUUGUACCUACAAAGGCAAAUGACAACGUGUACAUACAAGCCGUUUACGAGCAAUACUUUCGCUGGAGGCUAGUGAACUGACCAAGCUUGCCGCAGAGGAAAGUGAUCUGCUUGAGGUUCUGUCCGUGGCCACGCGCCUAAUGGCAUCAACGACACCUGCUGAAAAUGCAUGUAUUCUUACGAGCGCUCCGGUUUCAGGCAGAACCCGCGAGUGCGCCCGUUUCCAUAUAAGCUUGAUCAGAACGAACGAAUAACCAAGACCGAUAAUUGUGAGACCGAAGAUGGCUAACCCAUAAAUUGGUAGCGGCAGAUCCACGAACUGCCAAAACGAUCCACUUUCCAAGUUACUUGUGUCCAUGAUACGAUUGACCAUGUUGUUUGGUGCGAUAUUGAGAAGUAAGAGCCACACAGUCCACCCCAAGCAUGUAGUCACCAUAGACACAAGGAUAAUCCGGAGUCCAUCGAAGCUCCGAUGGUGGCCAACCAAAUCUGUCGCAACCACCCCCUCAGCAACACGAUUUUCAGUGCCCUCGCACUCGGCAGCUUGCGGCUUUGUUUUCACCAGCAGAUGCCCCACUCCGGAGGCCAGGGAGGAGCGGCGCAAAAGGGUAAACUCCUGGACGUCGUCAACCAUUUUUUCUCAGUGUGACUUGCAUGCCAGGCCGAGCUCCAUUUUUGUGCUAUUUUGGACUGCAUCAAGUUGAAGUGACCGGAAUUAGCCAAUCAAAUUCUUAACCCUGUUAAAAACGAUCAAAACCUGAUUUUGUCAACUGUACCCAACGAAAUCUAUCACAG